AGCUCAAAAUUUCUAAACUUUCUUUAUUGCAGGAGUCCAAGUUUAAAGAAACUGGAGUAAUUACACCUGAAGAAUUUGUUGCAGCUGGAGAUCACUUAGUUCACCACUGUCCUACUUGGCAAUGGGCUUCAGGAGAAGAACUAAAAGUCAAGGCUUAUCUGCCAACAGACAAACAGUUUUUGGUAACUAAAAAUGUGCCAUGCUACAAAAGGUGUAAGCAGAUGGAGUACUCAGAUGAGCAGGAAGCAAUUAUAGAAGAAGAUGAUGGUGAUGGAGGAUGGGUAGACACUUUUCACAAUGCAGGUAUAGUGGGUGCAACAGAAGCAGUUAAGGAGAUCACACUAGACAGUAAGGAUAAUAUAAAAAUACCAGAAUGUUCAGCAUCCUGUGAAGACGAUGAUGAGGAAGAUGAAGGAGAAGCUGCAGACAUGGAAGAGUAUGAAGAAAGUGGGCUAUUGGAGACAGAUGAUGCAACGCUUGACACAAGACAAAUUGUAGAAGCUAGCAAAGCUAAAGUUGAUGUUGGAGGGGAAGAUGCUAUUCUACAGACUAGAACUUACGACCUCUACAUCACUUACGACAAAUAUUACCAAACUCCAAGGCUCUGGUUAUUUGGAUAUGAUGAGCAACGGCAGCCUUUAACAGUAGAGCAUAUGUAUGAAGAUAUUAGUCAAGAUCACGUCAAGAAAACAGUGACCAUAGAAAACCAUCCUCAUCUUCCUCCACCUCCCAUGUGUUCAGUUCAUCCAUGCAGGCAUGCAGAAGUGAUGAAGAAAAUAAUCGAGACUGUUGCAGAAGGUGGGGGAGAACUUGGAGUUCACAUGUACCUUCUUAUUUUCUUGAAAUUUGUACAGGCAGUCAUUCCAACGAUAGAAUAUGACUACACGAGGCACUUUACUAUGUAACUAAAAUAAGUGAUGUCAUCCUCUAAUUAUCAAAUAUUUUUUUUUUAAAUAACCCAUCCAUGUGACUUAUAGAACAUUAUACACAAUUUCUGUAACUAACCUUUUAUCAAGUUGAUGCAUUAAAAUAAAAUGUUCCAUUACCA